AUUUGAUUUCUUCCUUGUAACUAAAAUCCCUAAAGCUGUUGCAAGUUUUCCAAAAUGGGUGCUCGCAAUUACGCAAAGAAACGCCAUUACCUUCUAUUUCAACUUCCUUAAAGCUGUUUUUGAAGGUCAUUUGAGUGCGUCUCAAUGGUAUGCUCCCUGGGAGGUGGGCAGAUGACAACCCUUCUGGAAGGAGGGAGUACAUCGCAAAUAAUGGCAGAGGAUGUAGGCUGUUGGAAAUUAGCGGCUCAAUACGUUCAAAGGGAACUUAAAGAGGCAGAUGAAGUAAAUUUGCUUGAUGAAGAAGAUAUGCAUGUAUUUGGUUUGAGGCCUAUGAUGGAUCCUUUAAUAUUGGUUUGUUGCAAUUCUUGCAAAAAACCUGUGAAGGCUAGUCAAUAUGCAACUCAUGCAGAUAUUUGCAAGUCAUUAAGUUCAGUAGUAGACAAUACAACAGAGGUUGAUGUUGUUGGUGGGCAAAAGAAACCUCCAAGGAAGGAGAGGAAGAAGUUACAAAUUUGUAUUUCUACACAAGUUCCAUCAGUUGGUAAGCCUGAAAGGUCUGCACUUUCUAAUACUGCUGCUUCAAAUUCUAAUCUGGAUGAACAAACCCUAAAGGCAACUUCAUUUCCCAUACAAGUGAAAGCAAAUUCUUAUUGUUCAGGCAGAGAUUUCACCAACGAAUCACAGGCAAGAAGCUUAAAGAUCUUUGAUAGUGUCACCAGCCUUCAAAAACCUAGGAAACUCGAGGACCACCAUUUACAGACCAAAGGAAUGUCGACUGUUCCAGCUCCGCUUGCAACCAAGAUUUUCUAUUCACAAAGAACUCAGCGUCUCAGGUCCGCGAUAAGCCAUAUGUACUACAGAUCAUCUACACAACAUGAUCAAGGGUUAAGCAAUAUGCAAUUUUCAGACAGCAAUAAGAUGACACCAUGGACAUCGGCGCACAGUUAUUCUUAUCCUGAGAAAAUUGAUGGCCAGCAUGAAAAGCUAGGUAACCAAGUCCCAUGUAUGGUGGAAAAUCGUGAUCCAGUUCCUGCAAAAAGUUCAGAAGCUAUUUCGGACGAAUCCAGAACGAUCCUGCCUAAGAAGUUGUCAGAUCAUUUCCAUAUGAAUAAUGCCUUAGGACCUCAAAGAAGGAUGGGGAAUUUAGCAAGCGAUUUUCUACAAAAUCCUUGUCCUUUUGGUGAAAACUAAGGACAGCCGCUAGGACGAUGAUGCAGCAACGGCGCCUGUUGUACAGCAACCAAGAGAUUUUUUGGUAGCCAAGGUGAUUAUUUUAUCAGAUGAAAACUUUUGAAGCAUGUUUAUUAGUUGUACGGUGAUUCUAGGUAAAGUAUCGAAACCGAAGAAUGUUUAUUUAGGACGUAGGUUUGUGAAGACGAUGUCUUGUUACAUAACAAAUUUUUUGGGUCAUAAAAAAUCACACGUUUCGUUGCU